AAGGGAUGGACAUGGUCAGCAACAAUACUCAGAGCUGCCAGGAGCUGCGCUGCAUUUCCACUCGUUAUUGAGAUGAGUGGGGCUCAGCAUGCAAGCUUAGCAGAUUGAGCUCCAGCUCUGCAGGACUUCCACAGGGAACGACACCGAGGUGAAGAAGAGAUGCUGUCUCAGCUGGUUCUGGGAUGGAUUGCCUUGCUCAGUGGCCUCCAACCGGCAGCCUCCUCCAUCACAUCCAGAUUUCCCUCGAGCAGAGGCAGCAAGUGGUCGGCUCGGAGAUGUGAAGUCUUCAUCCCCCCUCCUCUUCCUCCUCCUUUGUUUCCUCCAAUCAAACGCAAGGCAGAACUGAUGGUUGACAUCACUGAAGACAUCACAGGACCUAAAGGAGAAAAGGGCUGCAGAGGAGCUAGAGGAGCCGAGGGACAACCUGGUGCGACAGGUCCAGAAGGAGAACCAGGACCACAGGGAGCCCUGGGACAACCCGGCCAAAAGGGAGAGAAGGGAGACGGGGGCUGGAGAGGUCUGUACGGAGACAUCGGAACUCCGGGAAUGUUAAAGGGCAGUAAGGGACAUAAAGGAUCCCGGGGUGAUAAAGGUGUGAAAGGAAACCGAGGCCCCAGUGGGGAGAAGGGGGAGCGUGGCAUUCCCGGGAUGUCAGCAAAGGGCGAUCUGGGUCUGACAGGUGAUCCAGGGCGAAGAGGGGAGCAAGGACCCAGAGGAGAGCCAGGAGACAGAGGAAAUGUGGGUUUGAAGGGAUCUCGUGGAUACACCGGGCUGCAGGGGCAUCCUGGUCCAGCAGGACUACCUGGUCUGACAGGAGAACCAGGACUUCCUGGGCAAGUGUACGUCCUGCCAGGUCUGCGGGGAGAUGCCGGAGGUCCAGGACCGUCAGCCACCUGCAGCUGCUCGCAGGUUCAGACCUCACAGAAACCGUUGGAUCGAGUCCACACGGUCUUUGUAGCAGACGGAGAGAAGGAGAUGAGACGGCUGCGGGCGGAGAAUGUGAUGGUGCUUCGUAUGGACCGAGGAGCUUUGUACAUCUACACCGAGUCCCAGUGGAUCAACGUGCUGGAGAACCGCCGACACCGAGUGCACCCCAGCGGUUGACCCGACACGUGGUCACAUCAGACGCUGGUU